UACUACUACCCCCACGUCCACAUAAGAAAUAAGAACCUUAAUUGUUUCUCUCUCCUUAAUCUGUUUCAAGUGUCAUUUUCUCACAUAUACUUGUUCUUCUUCUUCAAUCUUCAUCAUCAUCACACAAAAGUCUCUCAUUCUAACCUCAAAUUUCAAAAACCCAAAUCUCUAUAACUCUUCUCUCUUUCUCAGAACCUUGUUUGGUUAAGAGAUAGAAAGGAUGGAACUAUUUCCAUCUCAACCAGACUUGUCUCUACAGAUCAGUCCUCCAAACACUAAACCCACAUCAUCAGGAUCAGGACCAGGAUCAGGAGCUUGGACUUCAACAACAAGGUCAAAAGAAUAUUUACAAGAAGAUUUAGAUUUGGGAUUCUUGAAAAGAGCCCUUCAUUCAUCAAGAAACUCCUCCCCUUUCAUUGACCUAUCUCUCUCUAGUCCCCCAAAUACCUCCAACCGCCACCAAACCGCCACCGCCACUGCCGCCAAUCUAUACCCUAAUUCAUUUCAACAAUAUCUCUAUCAGCAAAAUGGGUUAUUGAGUCGACCCAUUAAGGGAAUCCCAGUUUACCAAAACUACCCUCCUCACCAUUCUCAUCCUCUUCCCUACACUUUUAGCUCUCAUCAUCAUCACCAUCAUCCUCAUCCUCAUCCUCAUCACCAGACUAAUUUAGAUACAUUAAACACUAUUCCAAAUUGCAGCACUAACUAUCCCUCAUCCAAUUCUCCGGGAGGAGGAAUUAGUCGAUCCAGAUUUCUUCCAUCUAGGUUUCCGGCCAAGCGCAGCAUGCGGGCUCCGAGGAUGCGCUGGACAACAACCCUCCACGCCCGUUUCAUUCAUGCCGUGGAGCUUCUUGGCGGCCAUGACAGAGCAACGCCCAAAUCAGUUCUUGAGCUUAUGGAUGUAAAAGAUCUCACCUUGGCCCAUGUUAAAUCCCAUCUCCAGAUGUAUCGGACGGUUAAGACAACAGAUCGAGCUGCAGCUUCAUCAGGUCAAUCAGAUGUGUAUGAUCAAAAUGGAUCAUCUGGAGAUACUAAUUCAGAAGGCAAUGGAUUUGAAGUUCAAAAGAUAAAUAGAAUAUCUGAUCAUAAUCAUCAUCAACAGCAGCUUCCAAUUCAACAAGGAGAUCCAAAGGAUUGUCAUGCUCUUUGGAGCAAUUCCUCUAGCAUGGAGACAUGGCUGCACGACAAAUCAAGGGAUCAUUCUGCUCCUAAUUUACAUUUCCUUGAGAAGGAUAUUGAUGUUGAUGGAAAUUGCUUGAGCUAUGAGAGAAUAUCAGAUGGAAGUUCAUCGAACAACUCCGAGACAAGCCCGAAGAAGCCUAAUCUUGAAUUCACUUUGGCCAUUCCAUACUAGAGCUAGCUAAUUACAGCAUUAAUCAAGCCUCAUUAACCUGCAAUUGCAUUGGAUUGAUUAAUACACUGCUAGCUAGCUGGUGAAGAGAUCAAAUGGAGGUACAGUAUUAGAAAAGGAGAGGAAAAAAAGGGGGUAAAAAGAAAGGAAAAAGGGUAUGCCAAGAAAGACAUAAAGCAACAAAAAGGAAAAGGGUGGCAAGAAAAAGCUAUACCUAACCAUCCAUCCAUGAUUCCAUGUACCCCUCCCCUCCCCUCCCCAUAUUAUGCUCAUUAAUUAGCCUAAUGUUAAUUUCCCCUUAAUUUACUUUUUUUUCACAUCUCUAGCUAGAGCUAUUGCUAGUUUCUUUUUUCUUUUCUAUUUUAUAUAUUUAAUGUAACAUUGUAUUGAUAGAGAAAUGAAAACUCCUACAAUUCCUA